AUGGAUUCUACCGUCAACCAACGCGCGGAUGGCUUGUACCUCUGCAGGAUGCAUGACGAUCUCUGUUUGUGGGAUUCCAAUGUUAGCAAAGUCGCAGCUGGAUGGGCAACUAUGAACGAGUACGCGGCCCUGGCAGUGCACAAGUUCAACAAAAAGAAGACAGGGCCGUACGAAGAAGAUGCAAACGACAAUGACGACGAGGACGAGGACGAGGACGGGAAUGUUAUGGCAGAGGAUAAAUUCAGCCAACGCGUGGCCAACGAUCCCAAAGUGUACGCGAAGCUCAAAGAGCAAUGGGAAAGUGACCCCUUCGCACACGAGAAUAGAUACAACCAACCUGAACCUGAACCUGAAGAAUUCAUGACCUUCAAGGAAUAUACAUGGCUCCGCGAGUCCUAG